AUGUCGACGCCACCGCAGGCGGUUUCGCCGCUGAACAGGUCACCUCGGGGUGGUGCGAAGAAGAGCGCCUCGCAGUCUCCGAAAUCCGCGCCCCGCUCUCCCGUCUCGCCCAUUGCCGAUCUCGCAGCGCCAAUCGAAGUUGCAGAUGACGUCGACGAGAGCGAUGGCGGCACACUGUCCGAUACGUCGAGCCUCGAUGGUUCUGUUUCGCUGACAUCCAGCCUCCGCUCGCACGUUUUUGAGAAUGGUAGACGGUACCACAAGUACCUGGAUGGGCAGUACAAUUUUCCGAAUGACGAAAAGGCGCAAGAGAGAGAAGACAUGAAACACGCAAUCGUCGUCGCCGCCAUGGACGAAAAGCUGCACUUCGCCCCCAUUAGCCCCAAUCCGCAGAACUGCCUCGAUCUCGGGACGGGCACCGGCGCGUGGGCUGUGGAGAUGGGCGAAGCCUACCCCAGCGCCGCCGUCGAAGGCGUCGAUCUCAGCCCCAUCCAGCCAACGUGGGUGCCUCCAAAUGUAAAAUUCACCGUCGACGACAUCGAGGCGCCGUGGUUGCACCCGGCGGACCAUUUCGACUACGUGCACGCGCGACACGGCGUUGAGGCGUUCAAAGACUAUCCCGCCGUUCUGAAACAAGCCUACAAACACCUCCGGCCCGGCGGCUGGAUGGAGCUGCAGGAGUUCGAGUACAUGCCGUACGCGGACGACGACAGCAUGCCGCCCAGCUACGCUCUACGCGAAAUGCUCGAACUCGUAACCGCUGGCCUCCGCACGAUGUCGAUCGACCUGCGCCGCGCCCGCCCUUCGUCCUCAUCCUUGUCCUCAUCCUUGUCCUCAUCCUCCUCCCCGUCCCCAUCCAGCCUGGACGCCGCUCUCACCGCCGCGGGCUUCGAGGACGUCUCGGUGCGCCAGAUCAAGGUGCCCAUUGGCGCUUGGCCGAAAGACGCGUUCCUGCGCAACCUGGGCUUGUGCUGGCAGGCCAACAUCGCCGCAGGCCUGCAGGGCAUCACGCUGCGGCCGCUCGGGCGCGGGCUGGGGUGGGAGACGGAGCGGAUCGAGGUGUUUUUGGCGGAGGUAAGGCGCGCGUUGGCGGAUCGGGCGGUGCAUGCGUAUAUGAAUUUGUUUGUGUUUUGUGGGCGGAAGCCGGUGGGGGAGGAGGGGGGAUGA